UAGCGGCGGAGGUCCAUUUCUGGGAGGGAACGAAGGGAUAGAUCUUUGUCAUAUACCGAAGGAGAGAAAUCAGAGCCAUACAACUUGAAACGAGACUCAGAGCAGAGGGGAAGCUGCUCGUGUCUCGUAUAGCGGAGAGAGGGAGAGGAGAGUGGAUUUAUGUCGGCGGCUGGUGUCUGGUAUAUCGUGUUCCUUUUUACCGGCCGAGUUCUGAAGACGCUCCCUCGCUCUGUUUUUGCCGGUGGCUUGCUCUUCCCGUCCUUCUCGGCUCCCUCUUGUCCUCGUAUCCAACUGGAGGGCUCGAAAACGGAUUCGAUGCGUUUGAAAUCUUCUCGGGCUGGAUUCGGAGUGAAAUACUUUGGAUUUCUGUAUUUCUUCUUUCUGUUCUUGAGAAGAGGCCUCACUUGACAGGGCAGCAUACAAAAGCAUUUUUUUCCUAUUUGUUUUUUUUAUUUAUUCAAGUUUUGAUUUGUUGGGCUGGAGAGAAAGAGAAGAUAAGAGAUGCCGGGUCCUCAAAGGCAAAUCCUUAUGGAAGAUAAAAUGAUGAUGCGAGCUAGUGGGAAGAAGAAUCCGAGAGUUUUGGUCCCGUUCAGAAGAAAAAUCCGGGUGCUGUUCAGCGAUCCCGAUGCCACAGACUCCUCUUCUUCCAGCGAAGAAGAUGGAGAGAUGGGGACGAUGACGAUGGGAUUGGUACCAAAGAAGAAUAGGAAACGUGUAAUCCAUGAUAUCGUCAUCACUUCCUUCCCCUCAGCCACUUCUUUCACCCCUGUUUCUAAGAUCCCCAGAACCCUCAAAACCCUUAAGACUAAAACCCUCAAAUCCAUCAACUCUUCUUGCACUCCUACUCGCAGGUACAAGGGAGUGAGACAGCGACGGUGGGGGAAAUGGGCUGCGGAGAUUAGAGAUCCCAUCAGAGGUGUCAGGUUGUGGCUCGGCACCUACGACACCGCCGAGGCGGCGUCCGACGCCUACCAGGCCGCCUCCAGGCGUCUCCAGGAGGAGAAGCAGCGGCUCCUUCGCCCCUCCGUCUCCGAGAAUUCCGAGGCCCCCCUUUCCGCCCCCUCCCCUUCCUCUGUUCUCGAUGUCUCUGUCUCCAAGAAUAAAUUGGUCGAAGAGGCAGUGGCGGAUACCAUUAAUUGUUCGGUGGCAAAAGAGGAGGUGGUGGAGGAGAAGCCGAUUUGCGAGCUCGUUGACCAGCAGCUUGAGAUUCCGGACCUGGGCUUCGGGCUCGACUCGCUUGGUUCUGAUGAUUUCCUUCUGGGCGAACUCGGCGAGGACUUGCUGGGACUCGAAGACCUUCCAUUGUGGGCGCAGCCGUUGGAAGGAGGAGAUUUCUCCUUCUUGGAUCCAUAGUUUUUCUGGGUAAAAGUUUUGCAGUUUAGGAAAGAGUUCCGUUCUUAUUCGUCCAUCAUAAAAUUUUCAUGCCUCCGUAGUUUGAUAGUAUUUCUUCUCGAACCGGUUGCUGAGUUUGGGUUCUGUAGUUUUUUCUUAAUAAUAAAAAAGAAUUGUACGAUGUUUUGUGUAUUGGCUGCAUGAGAAUUGGGUAGGGAGAGGUUUUCUUUGGGUUUUCCUUGAGCUUUGGGAGCCGUCCGAGGGAGUUUUGUGUGAUCUCUCACCCAAUCACAUUGCCUUCAGACUUCUAUUCUCUAAUUAUUCAUCAUUUAUGGUCUCUGAUACUUA